CACGUGUGUUUGUAGCGCUGGUUCCUUCUGUAGCUGUAGUCGCUUUGCCGUCAGUGUGAGUUUAAACCCGAAAAAUGGACUCAGAUUAUGCACACGAGACGUCUCCUUAGAAAGUUCCUGGACUUCAGCUUUCAGCCCUCCAGCGAGGAUGUUGCACAGCCUGGCCCACAGACCCUGGCACGUCUUCUGCAGAGUCUCCCUGCAGCACAGGUCCCUGUCUCAGCGCUCCCCGAGGCUCCCCCAACCGUGCUACGGUUGGCAGAAUGGAGGCAUACACAGGUUGUGGUUGAGCGUUCCAGACUGCCGUGUGGCGUCUCUGGGACUGGGAAAGGUCCAGCACUACUCUACCUCUGACAGUAGUAAGGAUGGUCCUCCAAAAUCCCCUUCUGGUGAUGCUCCUUCAACGGAAAAGGUUGCACCUGGCUCUGCAAGAGUCACCGCAGAUUCACCAGGCACUGCACCUCAAGGGCUGACUCAAGCUGAGACCAUUCAAGUGAAAGUUCGAGCAGUUCUAAAGAAAAGGGAAUACGGAGCAAAAUACACCCAGAACAACUUUAUCACUGCUGUUAGAGCCAUGAAUGAGUUCUGUCUCAAACCAAGUGAUUUGGAGCAGCUCCGGAAGAUCAGAAGGCGUAGCCCUCACGACGAUACAGAGGCUUUCACUGUUUUCUUGCGGUCAGAUGUGGAGGCCAAAGCCCUAGAUGUAUGGGGAAGCCAUGAAGCUCUGGCCCGGGAGAGAAAUCUCAGGAAGGAGGUGGAGAGAGAGUACCAAGAGAAUAUUUUUCGGAACCAGCAGUUGUUGAAAGAAUAUAAAGACUUUUGGGGUAACACAAAGCCACGAUCAGGCAGCAAGAGGGCGACAUUUCUACAAGGGCCGGGGAAGGUGGUGAUGGUGGCUAUUUGCAUAAAUGGGUUGAACUUCUUCUUCAAGCUCCUGGCUUGGGUCUACACUGGAUCAGCUAGCAUGUUCUCAGAAGCAAUCCACUCUCUGGCCGACACCUGUAACCAAGCUCUGCUGGCUCUGGGGAUCAGCCAGUCUGUGCGCAACCCAGACGCCGUGCACCCGUAUGGCUUCUCCAACAUGCGUUACAUCGCCUCCCUCAUCAGCGGCGUGGGCAUUUUUAUGAUGGGAGCAGGUCUCUCCUGGUACCAUGGCAUCAUGGGAUUGCUGCACCCAGAGCCCAUCGAGUCAUUGUUAUGGGCUUAUUGUAUUUUGGCCGGCUCUCUGGUGUCUGAAGGAGCCACGUUACUAGUUGCCAUCAAUGAGAUAAAGAAGAGCGCCCACGUGCAUGGGCUGUCUUUUUAUGAAUAUGUGAUGCAGAGCCGAGACCCCAGUACGAACGUGGUGCUGCUGGAAGAUGCUGCUGCGGUGUUGGGGGUCAUCAUGGCUGCCGGCUGUAUGGGGCUCACCUCACUCACAGGUAACCCGUACUACGACAGCCUGGGCUCUCUGGGCGUGGGCACGUUGCUGGGCGCCGUCUCGGCUUUCCUCAUCUACACAAACACGGAGGCGCUGCUGGGGCGCUCCAUACAGGCGGAGCACGUGCAGAAGCUCACCGAGUUUCUGGAGAACGACCCUGCUGUAAGGGCCAUCCAUGAUGUGAAGGCCACUGAUUUGGGACUGAGUAAAGUCCGCUUCAAGGCCGAAGUUGAUUUCGAUGGCCGAGUGGUGACACGGUCUUAUCUGGAAAAACAAGACAUUGACCAAAUUCUUAACGACAUUCAGCAGGUAAAAACGCCCGAGGAGCUGGAGAACUUCAUGCUGAAACACGGGGAGAACAUCAUUGACACACUGGGAGCUGAGGUGGACCGCCUGGAGAAGGAACUCAAGCAACGUAACCCAGAGGUUCGUCACGUAGACUUGGAGAUACUAUAAUACCUGAGAGCCUCUGCCGAGGGAGCGUCCUGCUGCACCGUGGAGAACGUUAGGAAAGAUGAAAGGACGGCCACGCCCGCCUCUACGGUCCGCCUCCCCUCCUCCGGCCGCUACCGCAAACAAGCCCCAAGAAGCUGUCAAGUCUUACCGUAGAAUAGCCCACAAGCAGAAUCCCGGACUCGAUGAUGGUCGGCGAAACUGUGAGUUCAUCCUGCCAGAGAUCCCCUUUCAGACUGGAGUGCACGGGUCUCUGGCGAUGAACUCCGGACUGCCAUUAGUCUCCUUGGAUUUCAGCAGAAGUUCUCCCUCAGUGUAGUCUCCCGGCCGCUCACCUGACUUCACAUUCCUCUGUAAACAUGCCCGGAGUUGGAUGUGGUCCGUUUGAAAAGCAAAACCCGGAACAGGACCAGUAUCAUUUACUAGACUUGUACUUUCAUGUUAAGCUUGAACCGCAGUGAUAGGGUUUCCUUCAUGAAUGGGGAAGAAACCUAAGAGCUACAUAUUUAAAGAAAUCUAUUUAACGACUAGACGAUAUUAGAUUUUUUUUUUCUCUCCUUUUUCUUUUAGCAUAAAAACUUAAAGAGGCUCGAUGCAGCAAUGUUGUCUUAUGAAGACACCUCGUAGAUUUUAUUUCUAAGAGAGAAAAAUAUGAAAAUUAUGUUGAAUUUAUUUGAUUUGUAUGAAAGUGAGUUGAAGAGUGAAUUGGAGAAAACAAACAGUUAAAACUCAUCAAUUAAAGGGGGAAAACAUGUUUCCAGUUGUAAUUCAUCAGCCUACCAUGAUUAAUUAGAGCCUUUUAUUCGGCAUCUUAAUCUUUAUAGAGGAUUAUAUGACUAAAUUUAACACACUGUGGAGCCAAGAAAUGGUGUUCUGUACAUAUCUGACAUUUAAAUCUCAAAUUUGAGGUUGAGAAACUUCCUGAUUGGUUUCCAGCUGAUCAGCAAACUCCUCUAUAUUUCCAAAGAUAAAGCCACAGGAGGGAUAAAACUCUUCCACCGUCUGUAAAGAAGCAGACUUUGAUGAUUUAAAGUACCAAACAGAUUUCACAUUUCACGGACUUUAAAACAUUGUUUCAAUAAUUCAGGAUGUCAUCCUGAGCAGUGUAUGUGUGGUGAAGGAUCCCCAACUCGGUGUUUUCUUGUUCUUGCUUUUCGUCCUGUGUUUGCUGUGGGCAGACAGUCGCAGCGCUGGGAUGGGCCGGCUGCAGACGUCUGAUCCAGGAGGUGGGCCAGAGCCGUACAGCUCUGUUCAGAGGGGGAUAUAUGUCUCUAAAGGUGUUAAAUAGUGAAAUAUUUAGUGACUUUUUUUAUUUUAAUUUUUCUUUUUUUUUUUGCCACAGUUGAAGGACUUGGAAUAAAUUUGAAAUAAUUUAUUAAAUUAUAUUGCUUUCUUUU